AUGCCCCACGAGUUCGGUAGCUUUGCACCCAGCACAGAGCCCCUCACGCUUGCCAUCGUUGGAUGUGGCCAACGCGGCAGGGCUUAUGCUCUGUAUGCACUGGAGGACCCGUCGGCCUGCAAAAUCGUCGCCAUCGCCGAGCCCAGACCUGUUACCCGGAAGCUCAUGGCGGAGACGUAUUCUGUAGACAAGACCCUAGUCUUUGACGACUGGAAGGAUCUCCUCAAGGCAUCCGCAGACACCCUCCAGGCGAUCGGCAAGCGUCUUGCGGAUGCAGUCAUCAUCGCCGUUCAGGAUCAGAUGCACCUUGAAGUUACUCUAGCAUUCGCUGCGCAGGGAUACCAUAUUCUUUGUGAGAAACCCAUGGCGACCGACAUUGAGUCUCUCCUCAAAAUGGAGCACGCCGUUAAGAAAGCGGGGAUCAUUUUUGGGAUGGGACACGUGCUUCGGUACUCUCCAUAUAGCCAAGCUGUGACCGAGGUCGUACGUUCGGGACAACUGGGCCCUCUCAUCAACGUGGUGCACAUUGAGCCCGUGGGCUACUUCCAUUUCGCCCACUCUUAUGUCCGUGGAAGUUGGGCGCGCGAGGCCGAGAGUUCCUUCUCGCUCUUGACAAAGAGCUGCCACGACGUCGACAUCCUCUGUCACUGGCUCGCCCCCGGCAGCCCGACCCGGGUCUCGUCCUUUGGAUCGCUCCAGCACUUCCGCAAAGAAAGCAAGCCCCCCAAGGCUGGUGCUGCGACGCGCUGCCUCGACUGCGCCCACGAGCGCGACUGCGCAUAUAGUGCGAAGAAGAUCUACCUCGACCCCGUCGCAAGUGGGGAGCUAGGCUGGCCGGCGGCGAUCCUUGUCGACGGUGUGCCAGACAUCGAGAACAUCACUGGCGCUCUCAAGAGCGGGCCGUAUGGCCGGUGCGCGUACGAAUGCGAGAAUGACGUAUGCGAUAACCAGGUCGUCAACUUCGAGUUCUCGAGCGGCGCGACGGUCUCGUUCACGAUGAUCGCAAACACGCAGCUCAUCUGCGACCGCCAAACGCGCCUGCACUUCGCCUUUGGGGAGCUCAUCGGCGACAUGGACACGUUCACCGUGACCGACUUCCGGACGCGCAAGACGACGCACCACACCCCCAAGAACGAGGGCGGCGGCCACGGCGGCGGAGACAUGGGCCUGAUCCGCACGUUCGUCCGCGCCGUGCGCACGGGACAGCAGGAGCAGCUCGGCACCGACGUCACCGACGUGCUCAACAGUCACCUCUACGUGUUCGCUGCGGAGAAGGCACGGAAGGAGGGCGUGGUUGUGGAUUGCCAGAAGUUUGUGAAGGAGCAGCGGGCCAAGUACCCUAACGUUUGA